GAUGAAGGAGCCAAGUUCAGGAAAGGCAUAAAACGAGGGAAGAUUCAAAAUUUGCUUCAAUCUUAAGGUUUUUGUCAAUGGUCGGCUAGAAAAACCCUUCCGCUCGAGGCAUGUUCGGAAAGCGAAGAUUUUCCUGCGAAUCACGAAGUGCCCUCUCUCUGACUAACGCUAAUCCCUCGAGCUCGGGUGUAAACCAUGGAGAAAGAACAUAUCUUGAAAGAUGUCUUGAAAGCCGUAGACAUGUGUGUAUCCGUGGGACUUUACUUUGCGAACAUUCACCAUGAUCACGCAGCAAGAGAAUUUUACAAGGAGUCGACGACGCUGUUAGAGUUCAUCGAAGAAUCCUUACACCAAAAAAAUGCACCACGAAAGAGCGCAGCGUUUAAAAAGGACGAAGUAGAUGUCUGCAAAGCUGCGGAUAAAACAGUGGCGUGUUACUCUGAAAACAGCCAUCGCAGCCAAGCAGCCUCAGAAUUCUAUAAAGAAUGGUUGAACCUGUUGAGAUCGGUCCAAAAGUCCUUCAGUUUAAUAUCAGAAGCAAUACCUGAAGUAAUACGAAAGACUUUGUUGGGCCCGAGAAAUGAAGAACCACGAAAGGUAAUAGAUCACAUGACAAUGCUAGUACAUCUUGCCCUCGCUGAGAGCGAAUCGUGCCUUGGUAACCACUUGGAGUCAAAAAUAAAUGCUGAACUUGCUUUUGCAAUUGUCUUAAAUCACGAAAAUGCCAGAAAAGAUAUAGCUCGAGCGUGUUACAGAAUAUUUUGGAAGUGUUUUAUGAGUGUUGAGCGAUAUGACCAAAAGAUUGAAUGUCUCAUGAAAAUGCUUGCAAUUACCAAGGAAACUGGUGACACGGUAAAAGAAGCAGAGGUCUAUUUCCAGCUAGGAUUAUGUUAUUCCUUCGUAGGUCAAAAAGAACAGGCAGUAGAGUUUGUUGAGAAAUCAAUACAGAUACGUCAGAUCGAUGGACACCAGGGGAGACUAGUUGAUUGUUUAAACCUACUGGCAAAUAAUGUGCUUUCGUCAGGCCAGCAAAACGAGGCAUUCGAGAGACUGCAGGAAGCCCUUCGAGUUAGCGAAGAGAUUGAAGGGGGAAUGAUUAAAUCUAUAGUGCUCAUAGCAUUGGGACAUGCUUAUAAAGAUAUUGGUCAAUACGAUAAAGCAAAGGAAUAUUACCAGAAAGUGAUUCGAGUCAGUAAGGAGUUUCAUUUCCCAGACUUAGGAACAUGGGCCUACUAUCACAACGCUGAACUUCUCAUUGAACUUCAACAAUAUGAGGAAUCCAUGAAGAGCAUAGAGAAAGCCCUUGAACUAUGUGAAGAAGGCAAUUUAGCAAAGCAGACCACACUCUCUAAAGGCGACAUUUACAUCACAUUCUGUAAGAUACACCUACUGCUUGGCCAACACGAUAAAGCUGACGAAUGUGUAAAGCAAAUAUUAACGGAAGAUUGGCCCAAAAAUAACUUGGAUCGGUCUGUAAGCCUCUUUCAGUUAGGUUCCUUUUUCAGUGUAAAUGGGAAAUUGGAACAGGCAUGUGACAUUAUUUCUGAAAGUAUCAAAUGCUAUGAAAGUGGGCGUGGCCUUUUCAAUGAUGAGUUCAAACUUUCUGCCGGGGACAUGGAACAACACUUUGAAUUGUACAGGAAUCAUUGCCUCUUGCUUAUGGCUCUGGGUAAGCCCAUCCAAGCUUUGUGUACAGCAGAAAGAGGCCGUGCCCGCCUAUUGGCGGAACUGUUAGCAGAGAAAUAUGCCAUUCGAGAAGAGGCAGAGCUAAGUGAAAAUGACCUCAAUAUACUUCUAAAGCGUCUGAAUGAUAAUCAAAUUUUAGUAUUUAUCGCCACUCCAAGAGGUAAAAGAAUCACGUUCUGGAUAAUGAAGAAUGAUGCCACAUUGGAGAUGAGGAAUCCAAAAGGGGCCAAUCAAGAUUCUCCCCUGAAGACUUAUAUCGAGUCAUUUUCUUACGGCCGAAGCAUUAACUGUGAGGACCGUUCAUUGUCAGCUUUGUAUCAGUAUGCUGCUGAUGAUACCCAGCACGACGGAGUCAGGGGGAAACGUCUCCUUGAGGAGACAGACGACGAGGACCUUGAGGCUGAAAACUUACCAAAUCAACUGUACAAGUCACUCAUCGCUCCAUUUGCUGAUCGAAUUCAGGGCCGAGAGCUUGUACUUGUUCCCGAGGGAUCUAUGGUCAUGGUUCCAUUUACCGCACUUCAAGACGAUUCUGGAAAGUACCUGUCUGAGUCGUGCAGUAUUCGCAUCAUUCCUUCGUUGUCAACACUUAAGUUGAUUCUUGACUCCCCAGAGAAUUAUCACAGCCGGAAUGGAGCGCUGAUCGUUGGCGACCCACAAGUAAGUCAUAUCACACCACUUCCGCAAUUGAAAGCAGCUAGGCAGGAAGCUAAAGAAAUUGCUGAUCUUCUGGAGGUGGAGCCUUUGUUGGGUGAGCAAGCAACGAAGGAAGAAGUGCUGCGACGAAUAACUGAUGUGUGUCUGGUACACAUCGCCGCCCAUGGUGACGCGGAAAGAGGGGAGAUUGCUUGUGCACACAACCCAUCCUCCCCUCAAAACCCAACGAAGGAAGAUUACAUGCUGACUAUGGGAGACAUCGCCAAGGUUCGGAUCCGGGCCAAGCUUGUUGUACUAAGCUGUUGUCACAGUGCUAAAGGAAAGAUCAUGAAAGCCGAGGGAGUUGUGGGGAUCGCUCGAGCCUUCAUUGCUUCAGGAGCUCGUUCAGUGCUGGUUUCCCUGUGGGCCGUGGAUGACAAAUCCACAAAGGAGUUCAUGAUUCGUUUCUACGGACAUCUGAAGUGUGACAAAAUGAGUGUCAGUGAAGCUCUUCAUCAGACCAUGAAGCGGAUGAGAGAAUCUGAGACGACAAGGUACACGGUGAGGGAAUGGGCCCCAUUCGUUCUGAUUGGAGAUGACGUCAAUCUGGACUUAUAAACCCUUUGUUAUAAGUGAGGUGCAGUAAAACAAGAACACUGAAGGGAGAACUGUAUCACUUUGCUAACAUUAUAAAU